AUCACUGUCAGAUCUGUCACUUGUCAGAGAAUGUCAGUGUUUUCGUCAGCGACGUCAGCGUCAGAUUUUUCUUGCCUGCCGUUGCCGUUUUGUUUUGUUGACGUUGUCGGUCAGCGGUUGUUUGCGAUAUUAGACUCGUUUUCAGGUAGAGAUGGCAAAGUAUCACAACGGUAUUUAAUAAAAUAUCCUAAGAAGAAUUAAUAUGAAUGGAUUAAUGAAACAGCUUUAGAAACCAGAAGGAACUAAUCAAGCAGUAUGCAACUAUCAGAUUUCGAGAAUAUUGUAAGCAGUCUUGCUGUUAUUACGACCGUUUUGCAGUUUUUAUCUGGCGCCCUUGUGUGCAAACAAUAUGUUGUUAACAAAACGACUGCCGAGACUUCGUCACUGCCUUUUGUUUGCGGAAUGCUAUGCGGCUGCCUGUGGUUUCUCUAUGGAAUAAUAAAUCGCGAUAACAUAAUAGUUUUAGUCAAUACAAUAGGAGUAACAUUGAUGAUAUCAUACACAGCAGUAUUUUACAUUUAUACAUUUAAAAAAUCAACUGUUUUAAAACAAGUUAUUGGUACAGUUGUGUUUGUGAUACUUAUAUUAGUUUACUUUUUUUUAGAAGUGAAUGAUCAAGCACUGUUUGAUACAUUAGGACUAUUGGCUUGUUCCUUUACCAUAAUAACAAUAGCAGCACCUUUGAGUAAACUUCAGUAUGUAUUAAGAGUAAAGAGCACGGAAUGUCUGCCAUUUCCUAUGAUACUGAUGUCCUUCUUUGUAUCUCUGCUGUGGUUUCUCUAUGGUACAAUAAAGGAUGACCACUUUUUAUGGAUGACAAACCUAGUGGGUGCUGCUCUGGCUGUGAUUCAAUUAUCUCUAUUUGUUAUAUAUCCAAACAAAUCACAAUCGCCAAGCUUAAUAAAAAAUAUAAUAGCCUAAUUUAACAAAGUUGUUGGUUGUGUCAAAAUAGAUAAAUAUUUAUUUUUAGUUUUAAUGUAAAUUAUGAGCUUCACCUUAAAUCUGGUCUUAGAGAUCUGAAAACAAUCUAUUUAUGGAUAUCAGUAUUCUUAGAAAAGUAUCCAUAACUAGAUGGUAUAUUAAAAUGCAAAGUAUUUUUUAACAAAAUUAUUUAAUUUAUGAUUUGAUGCAGAUUAUUAUUAAUAUGAAUUUAAACAUUCAAAAGACUAGGACUAAUAAAGACUAAUAUAAUAUUUUGAAAAUAAUAGAAGAUCUGAUCUCAUAAUUUGUAUUUAUGCAUAAAUUGCCAUGACUUCUGUGCCAGUAUCAUUAAACAAUCGGUAUUUUAUUAUAUCAUCAAAUGAUUUUAUAAUGUAUGUACAAAUUAAUGUACGGUUGUAAUAAAAGUUAAACUAUAAUUGAAAAUAAUUAAUAUAAAUUCACAUACAGUUCUUUCAGAUGAAGUAACAGUCCUUUCACACGGCAGUCCAGUCUUUGCAGGAUCCCGUUUUCUGCAGGAUCCCUUUUUCUGUAGGAUCCCGUUUGAUCGCAAAAGAUAUUAUAUGCCAUUGUUCACGCGAGCACACCGCAUGCAGGAUCCUGCAAAAUGCUGAUCCCGCCGAUAUGUGCAGUUCAGUUUUGACACCGGAAACUGGAUCCUUCGUCCAGUAAACAGCGGGAUCCCGUUUAAUGACACAUAUAUUUCUAUAGCAGUGUUCACACGGCACCGUUUUGCGGGACCGGCCUUUUACUAUUGAUCCUGCAAAACUGAACUACGUGUGAACAUAGCGUCCGUUUUUGCAGGAUCCAGUGAAAAGCCGGUCCUGCAAAACUGGACUGCCGUGUGAAAGGGUUGUAAUAGUAAAUGAAAUAACAUAAGCAACUGUUUUAAACCGGUCUAUGUAUAUCUAUCUCAGUUAUACACAAAGUAUUUUUGUAUUGUAAUAUUAACUUAGGUUUAAUGGUUUAAUAUACAUAUGUGCUACAAAA